AGAAUUUUUAACUUGGUCAAUAUCCCUCUGUUCUAUAUAAAAAAAGGAAGGGACCAAAAGUUACAUAUAAGAAUAAGAACAAAUUAACCAUAAAUAACAUAUAGACAAUGAAACGUCAUCCACAUUAAAGCAUGAAACACCACCCACCUCCAGAAACUCCAUUGAUAUGCAUGAAGCUAUAUACACACACAAUCUACGUUUUCAAUCUCUCAAAAACCCACAGUCGACAAAGAAUCUGCAACCGUUAACUAUUGAAGAAGAUGAAAAUACAUACAAGACCCAUAUCCAGUCCUGGAACAACAGACGAUUUCCCACCGCCAAUGAUGAUGUUUCCAAGAAGCAAAAGCAAGAGAGGAAGCAGGUCACGGGCUAACCCUAUGUUUUUUCGCAAAAUCAACACUACUAACGAUCCUACCCAGGAACCCUCUUCCCCUAAGGUCACGUGCAUCGGCCAAGUCCGAGUCAGUCGCUCAAACAACAAGCAACCAACCACAACCACCGCCUUCCGCAGUUGUCGAUGGCUUCAGAAACUCAAAUCCGGGUGGUUCCAACGCUUGCGGAGAACAAACUUAUCGUUUUUUCGAUGUGACUGUUGCAGAAAAUCAGAGAACUUACCGGAUUCAAAGCGGAUUGAAGUGAAUCAGGCGACUGAGUACCGGAAACGCGAAAUUGAAGAUGUAAUCGGACCUGAUAAUGUAAUUUUGAUUCCAGAAUCGCCGCCGAGAAAUGCGUUUUUGUUGACGAGAUCCAGCUCUGCUCCAUACAGAUCUUCAUCUUUGGCAUACAAAUUUUGGGAAUCAACAAUCGAGAAAACAAGGGUGGAUACCGAAGAUGAUGAAACAGGGGAGAAAGUGAACGAAGGUGAAUGUAUUAAUGGAAACAGUGAAGAUGAAAGUUUCUUUAAUGGAGAUGAAGAAUUUAAAGCGGAGCCACUGAAUCUGAGCAGAAGCAAAAUGAAACUCAAAUGGUGGUUGUAUAUAUGUGUGAAGACCAUAUAAUAUGUGUGAGGACCAUAUAAUGCGAG